AUUGGCUUGGUGCCGUCUUCGGGUUGUGGGUUCUUUAGGGAAGCGUGGAGUAGGAAGGGCGGGCGGGCAUCGCGGCAAAAGAAAGGACGACACGCAGGAAAAAGGAAAUUCCAGAGGCAAAAGCUGCGACAGGAAGGUGUUGAACCAUUCGCUCCUUUACAGCAAUCAAGCACGCUCGUCCUUCGACAAGCUUGCUCGGCAGAAGAUCGCGCCGCAAUACCAACAGGCCAUUAUCUGCCGGCAAUAUGCUCCUCAGCUAUCUUUGCUAGCUAGGCGCUGGCGCGAGGGUUGCGAGGACACAGCAAAGCACAGUAGAUACCUAGUCCUGACCCAUGGGGAGUCAAUCCUGAUGGGAUCCCAGGCGCGGGGUCGCGCUCCCAUAGUGAGUCUCGGCUGGCCCAUCACAAGGUCGGUAGUUCAGCCACGCCAGGCCCGACCGCGCGUGGCGCCUGUCCCUUUUGCUCUCUAGCCCUCUCACGCGGAUCCGGCUGUUCCUGGUAGGCCCGCCCGUCAGUCGGCCCUCGCUUUGCCUCGGCGGGAGUAGGGGAGGUCGAUCUCGGCGUUUGUGAUGGCGGGGGCGCUCGCGAUGGCGCGCCAUCGGCAAGCCACGCGAGGGGCUAGAGCGCUCCCCCAAACCUUGCGAUAUAGCGUCAGGGAAACCAGCUGGAGGCAUGGGCAGAGGCUUUUCCGAGGCCUUCGACUUCAUCUUUAUCUUCCACUGCGCCCGUCUGCCUUCUCGAUGGCCACAUAUCUGCGAAACCCGCCCCAUGUGCGGAUCCCGUUGUCGCCAACGAAACGCAGCGUGCUCGGGAGCCGGCACGACAAGGAUGCACGCUGCCCGGCCCGCCGCCCUGCUUCUUGUCACGGCCACCCGGGGAUGGCCGCCGGGCGCCUCGGCGCAGGGCUCGGUGGAGGAGGCCUUGCCGCUCCUCCCGAUAUGCGCGGUAUGUUCUUUGGCUUUCCCUCGAACCAUGGCGGGCCAAAGGGCGGGCACGGAGAAAACCAGGGGCAUAAACACCAAUGACUCUUUUUCGCGGACUAACAGCAGCUCUGUGCCCUGCCGGCCGUCGAUGCCUCUCUAUGCUCCCUGGCAAACGAUACGUGCGCCUGCACCGACGCCCCGCUCGCAACGAUGUUCGGAGACUGCUGCGCCAGCACCCGCAAGCCCAUGGACCUGAUUCACACGCAAAGGGUGUUCAACACAGCCUGCGGCAUCCUUCCCCGUGACAAGAGGGCUGAGUUCCACGCCAACACCUGGGCCAUGCUCGUGGCGUGCGUCGCCGUCGUCGCCGCCCGCCUCGCGCAAAACAGGUUCCCCAAGACGUGGGCUUGGGACGACUUCCUCAUACUGCUCUCGCUCUGCUCCUCCAUCGCCUUCUGGUACAUUAACAUCUACGGCGUCGACGGGCUGGGCAACCUGACGGCGGUCGACGUCUGGGCACUGACCCAUGAUGAGAUCACCGUCUUUCUGAAGCUGGUCUAUAUCUUCGAGAUGCUCUAUAUUCCGAACGUUUAUUUCCUUAAAACCUCGUUCUUGUUCUUCUUCCUCCGUAUCUUCUGCCCGCCGGGAUCGUUCCCAACCUUCCUCCGUGUUCAGCUCCGAACCCUGAUCAUACAAACCAUGAUCUUUAACCUUGUUUUCACUCUGGCUUCUCUUGUCAUUGCCACCGUCCAAUGCACCCCUGUUCGUUUCCAAUGGAACGGCUGGGACGAUGAGCACAACGGAGAGGGUAGCUGUCACAUUGAUCCCAGGCCGGCGAUCUUGGCUAAUGGGGUCAUAAACAUCUCUUUGGAUCUUUGGAUACUUGCACUACCGCUAUCUCAGGUCUGGGGCCUCAACAUGGGUAUCUGGCGAAAAGCCGGCCUCACUAUCAUGUUCGCCUUUGGAGCCUGCUCAACCAUCGUCGCCGCCUUGAGCGCCCUCUUCCUCAGCAAGUUCCCUAGAAACGACAACGUCACCUGGAACAACGCGGACCUCCUCCUCUGGUCCUCGCUGGAGAUCGCCGUCGGGACCGUAUGCGCGUGCCUGCCCAGCCUGCGCUUCGCCUGCCUAUCCCUGUACCGCAGCGUUUCCCACCUCCUGCAUGGGCGGCCGGGGGGGAUGGGCGGGAACGCCGACCGGCCCCCCGCGGCGCGGGCCCACAUGUCGAGCCGCACAGGCACCGGGUGGUCUGCCACCCCCAUCAGCCUGUCCAUGCUGACCAGCGGGCGCGGCGGCGGAGGCGCAGGUCAGGACCGCUCGUCGCGCCAAGCGAGUAAUACGCAAAACAUGAGCACCGAGGCGCUGAGGCCGCAUGGGCUGUCUGGUGAAGAAGGGCGAUCGCGACCGCGAGAUUAGCAGGAAUGGGUAGACCAGCGGCACAGCGCGAGCCAGGGGGACUAGGAAAGGCCAGCGCGCGGCGGGCAAGGCGUAGGCUGAAGCGUACGCUUUUGGCUGCGCCUAACCAAUCAGGAUACAGUUCUGUGGGAAAGCUAAUGUUCUAGGACCUGGUGUAGGGGAUUGCAGGGUAUGCAAAGCCUUUUAGCCAAUCACAAUGCCGUUAAAAUGGAAAGCCAGUAUUCCAGGACCUUUUUUUGCGAGGUGUAGUUUGCCGCCUGGAUACACGAAAACAGCCUCUCAACCAAUCACAAUGCCGUUGAAAUGGAAAGCCAGUAUUUUAGGACAUUUUUUUGCGAGGUGUAGGAUAUCACAAACACAACCUCUCAACCAAUCAGAAUGCCGUUUAGAUGGAAGGCCAGUAUUUCAGGACUUUUUUUGGGAGGU